AUAAAACGGAAAUGUAUGCGUGACGGUGCUAAUCUGAGAAAGCUGGUAAAGCAACAAACUAACUUUGAACAUACCACCCAACCCACCACCUAGGACUUCCAUUUCCCCCCCUUCCGAUUCCAGAAUUUUCUUCCCUCAGCUCUCCAAACCCUUAAUUCACCUAUAAAUUCUUCAUACAUACGCUUAUAUGCCUUUAUACAGCUGUUGAAAAAAAUGGCGAUAAUCGGAGAUGCACUCCGGCAAGCGUUCAUGCCGAAACACGAAUACGAGUGUCUUCGCGAGGAAGACAAGGCAUGGAAUCGUCUCCAGAGACCACUAGCGAUCUGUACUUUAACCCUAAUAUCACUUGCUAUUAUCGUAUGCACUGUCAUCAGCUUGAAAAUAGUGUUUCCUGUCGAUCCUGCUCGCCGCCCGUUCUGUGGUGACUACCGUAUUCAGCCGCUUUCCAUUAAUUUCACUAACAUAGCUUCUACUGGCACCGGCGGCGGCGGUAGCGGUAGUGCUGGUGAUUCGGAUGGUUUUCCUGGUGCAUUUUACCUAACGAAUCAGGAGACUGUGGAUUACUACUGGAUGGUUGUGUUCAUUCCUUCCACCUUCAUUUUCGCUGUCUCCGCAGUAUAUCUAAUUGCGGGUAUUAUGGUCGCGUACACUGCUCCAAUGAGACAUGGAUGCUUGAAGGUUGUUGAGAACAACUAUUGUGCUUCUAGAAGGGGUGGAGUGCGUUGUCUAUCAAUUCUCAAUGUUGCUUUUGCUAUUGUAUUUGGUCUGCUCGCGCUGUUUCUUGGUUCAACCCUUCUCACUUUAGGGAGCAGCUGCUCAGCGCCCUUGUUUUGGUGUUACGAAAUUGCUUCAUGGGGGCUGGUGAUUCUAUAUGGAGGAACUGCUUUCUUUCUAAGAAGAAAAGCUGCUGUAAUUCUGGAUGAAAGUGACUUUAGUGGGCGCAAUCUUGGAGUAGAAAUGCUCGAAGCAAAUCCAAUGGAGGUCACACCAGAUGUAGAGAGACGUGUGAAUGAAAGUUUCAAGGCAUGGAUGGGUCCUUCCUUCUUAUCCUCGGACGAAGAGGAUGAAUCUGACAACUACCAGGAAGUACCAACUUUAUCUCGUACCAACUCUAGCAGGCAAAGACAAUAAUAUGACGUCUCCUCCAGGUCCUCCACUUUCAACUCUCCCGUUGGAUGCCUCGAGCACUGAUUGAAAUAUGUGGUGGGCCUUUUUUGCGCAGAAGUCUAACUGUGAUGUCUGACCCAGUCAAAAUUGCACAGCAAAACUUUUAAACUGAACAUGGGUGCUACAUCAUUAGUUCAUUUUGGUAGAGUUUAUUGUACAGUUAGUAUGAAGGAGAAGCAUAUAGGAAUGUCUCAGCAGUUGAUUUGGAGUAGACCAACUAAUGCCACGGUCGUAGUGUUUCCUUGGAAUCUUAUAGUUGCCCUUGAUGAUGCUGAAUUUUGGAAUAGUUCCUUAGAGAUGUCAUGCUCCCCUUUCUCUCUCAAAACUGUGUUUGUGUCUUGUAGGUUGGGGAGAACAUCAGUAUUGACAAGUAAUGGAGUCUCCUAUAGUGGACCAUAUUUUUUCUCGACCAUUUUGAUAUAGGGCUGGAAGGAAUGUUUUGAGUUGCUUCCCCUACUUGAUAUGCGUGUUGGAAUCAGCACACAUUAGUGUAUAGCAUCUAUUUUGGAUUACAUGCAACACAACAAAAUAAACACCGAAAUUUUCA